AUGGCUGAGAUCUCCCCUAAAGUCCUCUGCCAACCAGAUGGCACAUUGGGAAGGGACACUGCUGUCCAGGAAAACCAGAACAACAGGACACCAGUGGACAAUCUAACAUUGACCUACACCAACACGGACUUCACCUUCAGCCUCUACAAGGAACUGGCUUUGAAGAAUACAGAUGGAAAUGUCGUCUUCUCCCCAUUCAGCAUCUCAACAGCCUUGGCCAUCCUGUCCCUGGGAGCAAGGAGCAACACCCUGGAAGAGAUUCUGGAAGGUCUCAAGUUCAGUCUCAUAGAGACCCCUGAGGCAGAUAUCCACAGGGGCUUUGGGCACCUCCUCCACAUGCUCAGUCAGCCAGGGGACCAGGUGCAGAUCAGAACAGGUAGUGCCAUGUUUAUUGAAAAGCACCUACAGAUCCUGGCAGAGUUCAAGGAGAAGGCAAGGGUGCUGUACCAGGCUGAGACCUCCACGAUUGACUUCCAGCAGCCUCAUGAGGCCAAAAAGAACAUCAAUGACUAUGUGAGCAAACAGACCCAGGGAAAGAUCAAGGAACUGAUCUCAGACCUGGAUGAGAGUUCAUUAAUGGUGCUGGUGAAUUACAUCUACUUUAAAGGGAAAUGGAACAGACCAUUUGACCCUCAUGACACAUUUGAAUCUGAGUUCCAUUUGGACAAGAAGAGAUCUGUGAGGGUGCCCAUGAUGAAAAUUGAGAAUCUAACCACACCCUACUUCCGGGAUGAGGAUCUGUCCUGCUCUGUGGUGGAGCUGAAGUACAGAGGCAAUGCCAGCGCCCUGUUCAUCCUCCCUGACGAGGGCAGGAUGCAGCAGGUGGAAGCCAGCUUGCAACCAGAGACCCUGAGGAAGUGGAAGGACUCUCUGAGGCCCAGGUGCGUGUCCACAGUACCCAGAGCUGGUCUGGCUCCCCAUCCUGCUGUUAACCCAGUGUCCCUGUACCUCAGAGUCUCACUAGCACCCGGUGUAAUGGUUGGAGAGUCAGCAGGGACAGGUGGAGCAGAGGUUACUUUCUCAGGAGUUUUUGGACAGAUUUUACUGUCAUUUUGUUGUUCACAAGAUGGCAUCAGCUAG